AUGAUGAUUCCUGGCCUCAAUCUGGACUCCGCGCUUGGACGGCGCUCGACCGGGGCGUCGGGUCCCCGCGUGGAGGACGGCGUCCCCGGCUGUUUUUCCCCCCGCCCCGCCCACUCCCGCAGCGCCAGCGUCGCCAGCAGCGCCGGGCCGAUGCUCGAGGGCCGCAGAGAUAAAGAGAGAGAAAGAGAACUCGAGAGCUCCCCGGCGCAGAGACGCGGACCGUCGCUCGAGGGCUUCGCACGCUCCACCGCCUCACCAUCGAUGCCAACCAUCACAAGAGCAUCGGAGCGGCGGGAACGGGCGCUGCGUCGACUCUCCCCACGAGCAACACUUCUUAAUCACCAACAUGUACGUCAAGCCUCGGCAUCAUUACUCCGAGCUUGUGCUGCUCCACCACCACCUCCACCACUGCGAAGAGCAACAACAACAACAACAACAACAGGAAAUAGUAGUGUUAAUGAUGAUAGUAGAAAAGUUAGUGGGGGAACUUCUUUACUACCAAUACAUUCUGAAGUGGACGACCCACAUGUAGAAUACUGUGAUAAACUGAUGUUGAGGGAAGUAUAUGUAACAGGAAAACAAUGGCGACAUGUUCCGGCUGCUCAGCGUGAGGCUUGUAGAUUUCCUUCAACGAACAUAUCAGCUCUUGCCACAAGUACUUCAGGUGAACAUGUUGCGAUUGGUGAUCGUUGCGGUCGUGUUUUUGUGAUGCGUCGUGGGGAACAGAUGGAACAUGAACAUGAUGAUGAUGAUGUUAAUAAUGAUAAUGAUCAUAUAAAAAGGGAAUCUAAAAACUCACGUAGGGUAGAUAAUUCUACUGUUCGUGUACAUGAACCAUAUAAUUUUGCAGUGGGUAGACAAGCGUAUACAUCCGUUAUUGAUCCUUUAAAUAGUGUUGAAGUAACACCUAGUAUUCAAGCUCUUUGUUUCCUUCCAGAAGCUGGACCAACUACUUAUGUACUGACAGCAAAUGAAAAAAUGCCAAAAUUGUAUAAAGUUGUACAAGUAAGAGAAUCUCCUGCACCUUUUUUUGCUGUUGAUAGACUUGGAGAAAAAACUGUUGGUUCAUUAACUUUAAAUCCACUUCGUGGUACAACGACAUGUGCUAUGAAACAAGUUUCACGUUAUGCUUUAAAUCAUGAAUAUAAUAUUAAUUCAUUAUGCCCUUUAGCUGAUAGUGCACAGUUUUUUUCUGCAGAUGAACUUACUGUAAAACUUUGGUGUGUUGAAUAUCCUGAUACUUCUAUUGAGACCUAUAGUCUUAAACCACCUCUUGAAGAAGAUGCCCAGGAAGUUAUUUGUGGUAUUCGAACUUUUCAACAUGAACCAUUUCUCUUAUUUGUUUUAACAACAUCAGGAAAUGUUCGUAUUGUAGAUACCCGUCAAACUCUUAAAUGGCUUUAUCAAACUCCAUUAGUGUUUAGAAAUACACUUUCUGAAGAAGAUAUUGUAAUUUCUUCUAGUUUAUCUGAUUGUGCACUUAGCCCUUGUGGAAGGUAUAUAGCUGGACGUGAUAUGAUGAGUGUUUGUUUAUGGGAUAUUCGUCGUACCACACCCUAUUCUCAAACUAGAGGAUUAACUCCAUCUAUGGUAGGUCAUGAUGAUGAAUAUGAUGUUGUGCGUCGAUGGGAACUUUAUCCACAUUUACGACAAGAUAUUGAACAAUAUUUCCAAGGAGAGAUAUUAGAACAAUUUAAUGUUAGAUUUUUAAAUACUCAUGAAAUGUGUACUGGAGGUUUUGCUGGUACCUUGUAUACUCUUGAUACGCUUAAAGAAAAUGAUAGUACUAUAGAACUUUCCUCUGGAGAAGAUAGUAGUUUUUCCCCACGUUGUAAUGUUGGAGAGAUUUUACAAUUUCCAGAGAUCCAAGGGGCUAAAGAUACUCCACAUGGACCAUUACGUUCACUUCCAAUAGAAGAUGUGACUUUUCCAAUAUCUAAUGAUAGUGAAGUAUUAUUACGUGGUACGGUGACACGACUCUCACAUCCUUUUACCUCUGCAAAUGGAAAUUGUUCCUUGUUGGGAUCUUGUGGAAAUGCUUUGGUUCAAUUGAAUUAUUCCAAUUUAUGUUGUUAA